GGCUUACUCAGUAGCUCUAAGUACCAUUGUGUGAAAAGGAUGUAGUUGACGGCAGACUCGAAACAAUGAAGUUGCCAUUUGCUGUGUUUGCCAUGGUGGCACUGUCUGAGUGCCUCGUCCAGAUCCCUCUGGAAAAGGGUAAGAGUGCCAGGGAGGUCUUGGAGGAACAGGGUCUAUGGGAGGAGUAUAGGCAAAAGUACCCAUACAAUCCCAUGGCCAAGUUUGAUGGGAGCUUUGCUGUGGGCCCUGAAUCCAUGACCAAUGAUGCUGGUCUGUCUUAUGGAGUCAUCUCAAUUGGAACUCCACCUCAGUCCUUUAAAGUCAUCUUUGAUACUGGCUCAUCUAACCUGUGGGUUCCCUCCAUCUACUGCAACAGUGCAGCCUGCAACAACCACGCCAAGUUUGACCCUCGUAGGAGCAGCACAUACAGACAAAAUGGCAGACCUCUCAGUAUCACAUAUGGCACUGGCAGCAUGACUGGCAUCUUGGGAUAUGACACUGUGACGGUUGGUGGUCUGGCUGUGACAAACCAGAUCUUUGGUUUGAGCCAAACUGAGGCCCCCUUCAUGCAGUACAUGCAGGCUGACGGUAUAUUUGGUCUGGCCUACCCAAGUCUGUCUCUUCUCCAUGUAUCUGAGCUCGUAAGCAGAAACUGAUUCCUAGUUUCCCCAUUGGUUAAACUCUUUUGUAGUAACAAUCAGCGAGGCAGUGUGGUGACCUUUGGUGGUGUUGAUACCAACCACUACUCUGGUUCCAUCACCUGGAUUCCUCUCUCCAAUGAACUGUACUGGCAGAUCACAGUUGACAGUGUUUCUGGUAAUGGUGGCUGUCAGGCUGUUGUGGAUACUGGAACCUCUAUGAUUGUUGGACCUCAGAGUGACAUUGACAACAUCAAUUCCUGGCUGGGAGCAAGCCGCCAGAAUGGAGAGUACAUUGUCAACUGCAACAACAUUGGCCAAAUGCCUGAUGUGACCUUCAACAUCAAUGGACAGCAGUUCACUCUCCCAGCCUCUGUCUAUGUCUAUCAGGUUCAGUAUAAUAGCUGUAUCACAGGCUUCAGUGCUACAGGUGGCAACAUGUGGAUCCUGGGCGAUGUCUUCCUCAGACAGUAUUAUUCCAUCUACAACAGAGGCCAGAAUAUGUUGGGUCUGGCCAAGGCUAGAUAAUCAACCUGAAGUCAAGUCCUUCAAAAACCUAUACAUUUUUGUGUUAUAGUCGGCUUUGCAACAUCAAAAGUCUA